CGCUCGCGCGCCCGCCCGCCAGGCUCCCAGCGCCUGCCGCCCGCGCCCGGCUCGGCGCCCCGGCCCUUCCGCCCGCGCUUCAUGGCUGCUCAGGAAUGGGACUGGUUCCAGCGCGAGGAGCUCAUCGGACAGAUCAGCGACAUCCGAGUCCAGAACCUACAAGUUGAGAGGGAAAAUGUGCAGAAGAGGACCUUCACUCGGUGGAUAAACCUGCACCUAGAGAAGUGCAACCCUCCUCUAGAAGUUAAAGAUUUAUUUGUUGACAUACAAGAUGGCAAGAUCCUGAUGGCUCUGUUAGAAGUCCUGUCUGGGCGAAAUCUGCUCCACGAGUACAAGUCCUCGUCCCACCGCAUCUUUCAGCUGAACAACAUAGCGAAAGCCCUUAAGUUUUUGGAAGACAGCAAUGUAAAACUGGUUAGCAUAGACGCGGCAGAAAUAGCGGAUGGCAACCCCUCACUGGUUCUUGGGCUGAUAUGGAACAUAAUUCUCUUCUUCCAGAUCAAGGAGCUUACGGGCAACCUCAGCAGGAACUCUCCGUCUUCCAGCCUGUCCCCCGGCUCGGGGGGCACGGACUCAGACUCCUCCUUCCCGCCCACGCCCACCGCGGAGAGGAGCGCGGCGCUGUCGGUGAAGGACCAGAGGAAGGCCAUCAGGACCCUGCUGGCGUGGGUGCAGAGGAAGACCAGGAAGUAUGGCGUGGCGGUGCAGGACUUUGCGGGCAGCUGGAAGAGCGGGCUGGCCUUCCUCGCUGUGAUUAAGGCCAUCGACCCCAGCCUGGUGGACAUGAAGCAGGCCCUGGAGGACUCCAUGUGGGAGAACCUGGAGAAGGCCUUCACCAUCGCGCACGACGCCCUUCACAUUCCCAGGCUCCUGGAGCCGGAAGACAUCAUGGUUGACACCCCGGACGAGCAGUCUAUUGUGACGUACGUGGCCCAGUUUCUAGAACAUUUCCCGGAGCUGGAAGCCGAGGACUUUGUGGAUGCGGACAGAGGAGCCCCCAUCGAGUCCACCUUCGUCCGCAUUAAGGAAGCGCCUUCUGAGCGGGAGAGCACGGUGUUGUUUCUGAGCGAAGACGGGGAGCGCGCCUACACCGUCAACCACGAAACCAGCCACCCGCCGCCCUCCAAAGUCUUUGUGUGUGACAAGCCUGGGCGCGCGGCAGGACCCUACCUGGGCGGCGUGUCCAGCCAGGUGCUGUCGGACACUGCCACCAAAGUCAUCCACCAGGUCAUCGACCGGGUCCUCCAAGACGUCCCAGGUAAGACCAGCAACCUUGGUGAGCCGUCUUCGGAUUCUUCCAUCCUAUCCAGAAAGGACAACCGGGCGUCCAACCACCUGCCCAUCAAGAAGAGUGUGCACUUCCAGGCUGACACCUACCACGACGCGUCCUGUAGCAAAGGCACGUUCCACGGCCAGGACACCGGCGUUGCAGGGAGCCCCAAGGGGGCAAAGGAGUUGUCGAGGCAGGAUGGACGUGUCUUGGAGGUCGCUGAGGAAAAGCCAAAACAGGAAGUCCCCAACGUCCCAGAAGCAGCCUCUGACGAGGCCCUGGAUGAUGUUCCCUUGGAGGACGGUCAGAUGGGUCACCCUCCGACUUCCCAGGGUUCUCCCUCCUGGAACAGGGCAUCAUCGGAGAGGGCAGCCAGCCCCGGGGCGGGAGGUCGACCCCGUUCACCCCUUAGGGAGGAUACGGUUGUGGCUGAUUCCCUGGAGAUCAAGGUUGAGCUGCAGACUGUGGAAGCUAUGGAUAAAGACGACUAUUUUGAAGGCAUACCAUUAAAAGCUUCUAAAUUUAACAGCGACCUAGCCGAUUUUGCCUCCACCAGCCAGGCUUUCGAUGAGGACCCUUUGCCCCCUGAGAAAACAUCCGAGGAGGGCGAGCUUGUGGAGGAGCCCGCUGAGACACUGGGGAGAAGACGGGGUACCGCUGCCCACCAGCAGGAGGGUUCAGACGAGCCCCUGGGGAAGCCCGGCAAGCAACACCCUCACAAGGUCCCUGGACAAGAAGACCAAGACUAUUUCUUGGCCCCUGAGGCGGUACCAGUGGACAAAAAGCCGGAGGUGCAUGAAAAAGCGAAGCGCAAAUCCCCGCGUCGCCGGCGCGGGGAGGAGGAAGGGGAGGCGGAAAGCCCCCGGGAGCCCCGCAGGGAGCUGCCUUCCAACCCGCCCUGCAGCCGCGUCAGCCUGGACACACUCGUGACGCGCAGCGAGGAAGGCCUGGAUUUCAAACCCUCCCCGCCCCUCUCCAAGAUUUCCGUCAUCCCCCACGACCUGUUCUACUACCCGCAUUACGAGGUUCCCCUGGCUGCGGUCUUAGAGGCUUACGCGGAAGGCGCGGAGGAUUUGAAAAACGAAGAGCUGGACCUCGAAGAGGCAGAGGGCUACCUGUAUGACCUGGGGCCCCGGGUGGAGGAGCCCGAGGCGUCCGAGAGCAGCUGCGGCUCCGUGGGGCCGGGCGAGGACCAGCCCCCGUCCACCCUCGAGGAACCCCAUCUGGACAGGGACGCGGAGGGUGCCAAACCAGCCUCGGAGCCCACUGCCCCACCCGCCCAGCAGGACCACCAGCAGAGGGAGGCCGAGGACAGUGCCCCCGAGGAGAAUCAGCAGGCCCAGGAAACAUCCCCAAACUCGGAAAACUUAGCAAACCCUUCCGAAGAAAAGGUCGUGGGAGAAGCCAUCAGCAGUAAAAAAAAGGAGAAAAAGAAACAUGUGGACCACGUAGAAAGUUCAAUAUUUAUAGCACCUGGAACUGUUCGAUCCUCAGAUGACCUAGAAGACGACGCUGGUGACUACCGAGUCCUUUCCAGGACCAGCCACAGCGACUCCAGCAUUUAUGUCCGGCGACAUACCAAUAGGUCUUUGGAAUCGGAUCAGUUUAGCUAUGUUCAAUUGCGGAACGCAGCCGAUCAGGAUGACAGGAGAAAUCGAAUGUCAACCAGGUACAAAACUCAGAAGCUCACUGAGCUGAUCUUACAGUUCUAUGGCAUCAGAGCAGACAAGAAGAGGGAAGGCAGGCAUGCCAGGAAGUCUAUGAAAGCCAACCACUCUGGCGAAGCCACCGUGCAGGAGGAGAGCGCCAGCCUGCAAAGCGACUCGCUGACCCAGCUCGUGCAGCAGCCGGACAUGGUGUACUUCAUCCUCUUCCUCUGGCUCCUGGUGUACUGCCUGCUGCUCUUCCCACAGCUGGACGUCACCCGCCUCUGAUGCGCGCGUCUGCGUAAUAAAAAGAACAGGACCCUG